AUGGGCUGCAGAGUGCACGACAAGAAGAAUGCAAACUCCAAUUGGGUAAUCUACUUGUGCGUGGAGGAUGCGUGCAUCUUUGAAGAAGCAUGGUCUGUGCCAAUUGUGUACUGGGUUGAUUGUCACAAUUGCGUUGGAUUAACUAGAGGAAAUGACCAUCGCAAUUUGACGUCGAAGUUAAUAGCCAAACUUAUAAGGCGUAGUGUUGAAAAUGAUCCUGGUUUUAAGGUGAAGUCAAUCAGGGCUGCUGUGAAGACAGCUUAUAAUGUGGAUGUGAAGUACAAGAAGGCAUGGAAUGCAAGCAGGAAAGCCAUCGAAGCGUGUUAUGAUCGGCAUAAGGGGAUACUCAGUGUACUGAAAAAUAUUGUCGAUCUGUGGCUUGAACCAUAUUAUGGAUACCACAGAGCUGUGGUGGAAUCGACUUUGGCGAAAACAACUAAGUUCUUCCGUGAUCAGUAUGCAGAUGUCUUGAAGUGCAAUACUCCUAUUAGAGAUAAGUAUUGGAAGAAAUUCUGUAAGUACGAGAAUAUAGAAGCAACUCACAAAGUGGAGCUGUACGAUUUCCAGAACCAAGUAUAUGGGGUCAUUACAGGUUGGCGUCGUAUAGGGAAAGGUGGAAAUGAACACAAAGUAGAAUACAUGGAUUGGUGUUGUUCAUGCAAGAAGUGA